UGCGUGCUCCGGAUUGCAGAGUUAGUUUGAAAUAGUUCACGAGCGCGUGCAGAUGUGAAGUUCUACGCUGACGUGCCCGGAUCGUUGCGAUCUUGCUUCUCCGUUGGUGAUCAUCAGUUGACACGGAUAGUGUCAGUAGAAUAGAGACACAACUAAAGAGAGUAGAGUCGUAGUGUAUAGGUACGGUUUAGUGGAUGUGUGAUUGAGUGAAAGUUAAUUGUUUAAAUUGGGGAUUUUAGACGACCAUCAGCAGAGUGGUGAUCGUCACACGUCAAGAUUACGCGAUUGUGUGGAUAGUUCGUGAUUCAAACAUUAAUGUGUGGGCGUGUGAGUAGUUUUGCGGUUGUGAAGUGAAUGUGGACAUUCGAGAUAUUCGUGCCAGUUCGGUAAACUAUGUCCGGUGAACGAUCGUCCAGCUCUCCUAUGCUUAUACUGGAUAUUAGUGGUGCUGGGUCCGGCAGUACUGCAUCCCACUCACCGGCAUACCCGAUGAAGAAGUCAACGAAUACUGUCUCGCAGGUAAAGUUGGAAAACGAACGGUAUGAUGGCGAUGGUGACAAGCAAGAUCACCUGAACACAGCCUAUCAGCAUCAACUUCGCACCAUACCUGAUCUGCAGCCCGUCCAUCACAAUGGUGGACAGCAUGGUGAGGCGGACAAUCUUGGUGUACAUCAGAAUCCCGACUUUGGUGUACUGAUGUCACAACCAUCCGUUGGACACAAUACGUCUGCCGGACCGCCGGUUAGUGUAGCUACAUCCCAACCGGUCUACGUGUAUCAAGGUAGCGCACCGGAAAUGACAUCCGGUGGACGUGUUACCUUUCCCGCACUACAAUGCUACGGUGUGCCGAAUGUACUAGAGCAGACACAGCCACAAAGCUUGGAGUCACUACCGUCGAUCCUUGCAACGUACUCCACAUCGUGCGAAAAUGCCAAGAAGCGCCGUAUGCUUGAUGCGGACUACGAUUACGAGUUUGAUCAAAGUUCGCUUAGUCCGGAUGGAUAUCAGCCGGAGAAGCGGAUACGUUACGAUGGGAACUACGGUGGAUGGGCUUACGCACCGACGACACCCGUAUCUCAGGAUUACAACCAUACGAACGGUGGUACAACCAUUGCUUACGGUGGAUCCGACCUGAUAAUGGCGCGUGGUAAUGGACCGUUGCCGGUAGUGAUGUCCGGACUGGAUGAUGAGUCCUCCUCUAACGGAUCGUGCCAUAUUAACUCGUGUCACUGUGAACCGUCACCUGCGAAAACGAUGAUGUGCGUAUCGGACGCGGGUAGUUACGAAUCUUCGGGCGUUGUUUAUUACUAUCACCCGGCUACACAUCAUCCGGAGCAGCUGGAACAAAACCAAACGCAUCCACUUCCUGCUAUCGAUACGACACCCACCCAUAGUCCUGUUGGGGCAGAUAGUUCCUUGUCGGUGUGCUCCAGCUCACCCGUAAAGCUGGACGAAUCGAGCUGUUCCGUCGGGAAGUAUGGACAGGAGCACGUUCAACCCACAACGGUAGCCAUGUUGGAGCCUUCCGAUGGGCAAGAAUUAUCUCCCACCAGUACCAAUAGCGGUAGUGGUGUGGGAAGUGCUGGCACUGGUGAUCCUUCCCAGCAUAAGAAUGGUACGUUCGGAAACCGGAAACCUCGUACCGGCCGAAUCCGGAAGCGGGUUGUCAAGGAUUCGGUAAGCUACCAGGAGGUGCAAAACCAACGGGUGAUUGCAAAUGUACGCGAGCGGCAACGGACGCAGAGUCUGAACGAAGCGUUCGCCUCACUGCGCAAAAUCAUUCCAACGUUGCCGAGUGACAAGCUGAGCAAGAUACAGACACUCCGGUUAGCUUCAAGGUACAUUGACUUCCUGUAUCGGGUACUGUCCAACAACGAGAUGCCGGCGAUGCGCGAAGAGCACAAAAAUAUGGCCGUUUCCGGUGGUAAUCUGCAGUUCAGCGGCAGCGGUAUCUUGGCACACGAGAAGUUAAGUUAUCUGUUUAGCGUUUGGCGCAUGGAAGGUGACUGGAGCAAUGGAUCGUCCGGUGGUGAAGGAAUUGCUGAGACGGUUGCCGAUAGCACGAUCGGUGGUAAGGAAUGACUAGACGGUCGGUUCCGGUUUCGAUGAACCCGGAACGGGCAGCGGAUGGAAAAGAACACGGAAUUCAUGGCAGUGCCUUUUUUUUGUUAAUAAGCAUUAAACGUUAAACGUUACAAAUAUUUGUUCAAGGAGUUCCAUUUUGGUUUUCCGGCACAACCUGCACGGUUGUCUGGUUAGGUUAGACACAAUGAAAAGUAUUAGUACAUUAGUAAACAAAAUCAUAAGACCCGUAGAAACCGAUCCAUUUUCCAAGCGCUGUAGGAUGGUUUGUUGAAUUUCUGUAGAACUCACGUAACGGCUAGUUUCCAAAGAGCAUUUAAGUUUGGUUUUUCAUUAUUUCACUUAACUUUGCGAUGGAUAAAGCAAAACUUGCAAAACAAUUUGUUUCCAAACUUUAUCAAAUCAGCGUACCGAACAGAGAGCAAAUACAUUUCCAUAAGUUUAAGGGUUAAAGAGUUGAAGGAUUUAAUGUUAAGAAUUUAAUGGAAGCAAACCAAACAGCGAAAGCGAAACGUUCUUUGGAGAAUAAUUACGAAAAGUUACUUAUUAGGAAAUGUUUAAAUUAUACAUCAUUAGGAUUAAGUUCUUGUAGUAACCUACUGUUGUCUUAUCGAUUAGAACUGAUUGUCGACAGUAUGUUUAGCCAUUGUUUGCCUCGAUUGUAAACAAUGAAGCUGAUCGUAAACGUUAGAAAAAUGGACAGGUGGACAGAUCUGGCACUUCAAAUAUUUUCUCUUUUCUGGAGAAAAGUCCAAGCGCCAAACAGAAACUCCAAGUCCGAGACUGGGCGUGAUCAUACAGUGCAGUAGGACAUAAACAAUGUAGAUCGUAGAAGAAGACAUCUGUGGACUAGAUGGAUUUUUCGAAAGUGUCGGUGGAUGCCGCCUAAUUUAUGUUCUCUACUAAGAAGAUAAUCAUCAACGACUCACACAUCAUUUUUCUGAGCAAGGUCCUUCUCUACCUUCUUUUAGGACUUACGAUGUUCUGAGAUAUAGCCCAAGACAAAGUUUCUUCCGGAAAUUAAAGCUUUCAUUAAGAAGUAUGACGAAAACGUGUAUGUGAUGCUUGUAAUUAACUUAGGCUCGUCCAUCAUACGAAGAAAUUACUGGAGGAUUUCAGCUGGAUGAAAGAUAUACACUUUACUGAAGAUUGUAAACUCUCCCAAUAGAACUCGGAUACUAAAGGAAAGUUCUGUUUUAGACAAACGAAAGAUCUACUUUAACAUUUGCAUAGACAAAACGGAGCAUCAGUUGAUCGUUUAAGUUACAAACAAGAUUUCUUCAACCUUUGCCAAGAUUCUUGUUAGCUGGCGUCUCUCGGUAUGGCAUUAAUUACUAUGGAAGGCGUAUCAAACGUAGCAUUACAUAAUCAUUUGUUUGAUUCUAAUAUCGAUAUUAGUUUUUACUUCGCCAUUCAAACGUCAGAAAUUUUUAAUGCAAACGUUAGAUAAGACGUUUUGAGAUGAAUGAUAAAAACGACCGAAUCACAUUUGAAACUUGUUGGUAUAGCGUGUAUAUACCUUAACAAAAGUUUCAUAUUUGUUGUCAAGUGCGUCAAAAAACUACUUAAGUUACUUAAUAUUUUUCCUCACUGUACAGUCGAUGUUAAAUAAGCGAUAAGUUUUAUUCCUACCUUUCUAAAUGUACUAUUUUCAACAUAUAAGGUUUCUGUUUUUGUAUGUUACAUUAUUUUUUAAAUGUUCGUAAAAACUAAAUAAUUACAUUUAUAUGUUUAGCACUGUAAACCACACAUAGGCUAAUUGUAUUUUUAAAUACAAUAGGAAACCUUUGGUUUUUUGGGCGAGAAAAAUUUCCAUUAUUUGUUAGGUUAGGUUGCAAAAACAAAACAAAAAAAAAAACGUUUCAAAACUAAACGGCGUAAUUCCAAUCCAAACACAUUAACCGAUAAGGUUAGCGAUAGGAGAAGCAGAAAAUGGUACGAUUGCAUCACGUGACGGUGUUACAACAUUCGAACAAAAGCGGGAAUAAAAUACAGCAAAAUCCCAUUUUAAAAAUAACAUUCGUUUUCUGUAGUUGUUUGGUCGGAACUUGAAAGGGUGAUUGCGGUGGUGAGGAAGGUUUAAGAAAAAAUAAUUGAACAUAUCCGAAAUUAAACUCACCGUGUCGGUAGCAACCCACACACGUCCGUUGCUAAACCAAAACUGUAAGAUUUGGUAGAAAAUGUUCCAAACGAAACAAUCGCUUGACGUUUCACGUGCCCUACUCCCGGAAAGGCGUACGCUUUUGUUGGCUUUGGAAGAUUAUUAUUUUGGCAGCAAGAAGAAAUUCUCCUUCCAUGGGGGUUUGAAAAAAAGGGUUGACUUUUUUUUAUUACUUUCAAACCAAUCUCUCUCUUUCGCUCUCGUGAUCAUUUACUAGCGCUGUUGAAGCGUUAUUCCUGUUCGCGCCGAAAUGACGCGUCCAUCAGUAGUGAAAACAUUUUAUUUUGGCUAAUGGAUUGGAAAUGAUGUGGUUCGUGUGUUUUUCUUUAGUUAAAAAUUCCCUUCAUAUUUUUAUUUUUUUUCAAUCGGUGAAAAAAAAAUAAUAAAAACUUCAAAUGUCUCGUUGGAAGCCAUUUUAAAACUUUACACGAUCAUGGCUGAUCGGGCAGGAACACAAUCGCGAACGUAACCAUGGCAACGUACGGGCAAAAUAAUGUUAUAGCAAGAGCUAUAAAAAAGGUAACUCAAAAAAGAGCAAAAGAAAAGGAAACAAAAAAAUGGUUAAACAAAUAAAAUAACCAGCAAAAGAAUAAUUGGUAGAGGUAUAAGGAAGAGAGCAAAAUAAUGUCCGUGCCCGUUCCAUUUUCGAUGCGUUAAGGUUUUCUACUGUGACGGAGGUCAAUUUUUUUUUUGGAAGCUUUCCUUCGCAUUCUCGGAAGGCAAACGUCGGUGAACGCGCCCCCUUUUUAAAAGGAUCAACCAACAUUCCUUUAAUGUUCGGAGAGUUUCUUUUGCUGCUUCGUUCUUCUUUUGUUACAGUUCCUUUAAUGUGUUUCUCUUUCGUCAAUCUUCAUAGUAGACGAAUUGUUUGCAUUUUGACACUGUCUGUAAUAAUUUUCAAUUGUGUUUAUAUAAAUUUAUAUUUAUUCCAUAAAAUAUGAAUUAAAUAUUCAACAUUUCUACACUUUCAAAAUGGUUGUAAAUGUUUGUACAUCACCGAAAUGUUUAUCCAUUCGAAAACCCUUCCAAAGGAGGCACUUUUUUGUGGAUCACUGUAUCUGUACACAUUCCGUGUGACCUUAGUUUGUACCAGUGUGUUUAAAUAAAUCAUUCAUGCUCAUUGUUGGGCAUAUGAUUAUGCUACCGGGCCGCAAUGACAACAACCCUGGUGCGGCUGUCCCUUGCGAUCAUGUUUCGCCGUUCGUUUUCCCGUGCAAAGGCCCAUUCGUUUCGGAUCCCGCGUUUGUUGUUAGGAAGGAAAAUGGGAAAAGAAAGGAACAACAGCAAAAAAAUGUUUAAUUAACUUCUAAGAUUACUUUACUGCCGGUGCAUGAACGUGAACGAGUUCCCCCAAAAGUUAAACCAAACAACGAACCACUGGGUUUUGGAAGUUUUUCGGUGUGAUUGUGUUUGUGGUAAACGAUCGAUGGCCGGAUUUAUGGCAUAGUGUCACGAUCGUGAAUCGAUCGGAAUGAUCGUAAUGUUGGUUAAUAUGUGUUCAUAUUUCAAUAUAAUUAAAAUUUAUGAAUGGAAGAAUUUUUCCUUACAGUUGUGAGGGAGUUUUCCAACAUUUUUUUUUUCUUAAAGCAAACCACAUUUAUAUCAAAUAAAUGGGCGAACAAAAUAAUAAUUAACAAUAAGCAGACACAAACGAAAUAAAAUAAAAAUGGAAAUGUGAUGAUUUAUUACCGUACGAUUUGGCAUUCGAAACAUUUCAUGUUUUCAUGAAACACCUAUAAUUUAUUACUGACAUGUUGGUUUAUGUGCCAAACGGUCAUUCGAUAUUUAUGAUCUUAUCGUUCGAUCGUGCUUUUCGUAAGGAAAUGUUUGCUUUAUAGCUUUUCCAUUUACCUUUACCGUUGGUAAUUUUUUUCCCCAGCUAAAACAUAACUG